AUGAACAGUCUCAUAGCUCCCAGGAGUACACAUAAAAGGCUGUUCAAUCCCGUUGGCUUUUUUCUUCUACUCAUUCGAUUCAAUAUCCUUGACUUUUACCUUCGACAUCUCUCUCACACACACUUUCCGCAACUCAACAGAAUGGCCUCUUACUUUAUCACUGGUACCUCGCGGGGUGUUGGCCUGAAGCUCGCUGAGAUUCUUGCGGCCAAACCAGCCUCAGAAGUUUCGGUCGUCUUUGCUGCCGCCCGCACAGAGACUCAAGCUCUCAAAGAUCUAGCUUCCAAGUCUGAUGGUCGCAUCCAGAUCGUUUCUAUCGAUAUCACAUCUGAGCAGAGCGUUAAGCAAGCCGCCAGCAAGGUUGAGCAAUCUCUAGGGAACAAGGGUCUCGAUGUUCUGAUCAACAAUGCCGGCGUUAUGAACUAUACCCCCGAUGGCAUUGAGACCAUGACCGACCUUGAAUCUUCCUUCACUACCAAUGUUACCAGUGCUCAUCUCGUCACAAGUGCACUUCUACCGCUUUUGAAGAAGGGAAACCUCAAGAAGGUGGCCAAUAUCUCUACCACCCUUGGUUCUAUUGGGAUGGCAUCCACCUACUCACUCUUCCCCGUUCCCGCCUACAAGGUCUCCAAGGCCGCUCUGAACAUGCUCACUGUGCAAUACGCUCAGUCAUUUGCGGAUCAGGGUUUCUCCAUUUUCUCCCUCUCCCCGGGUUGGGUGCAGACCGAUCUGGGAGGCGCUUCGGCCGAUUUGACCAUCGAUCAAAGUGCCGAUGCCGUCCUGGAUGUCGUUUUCCGUGCCGAUAAGCAGGCUAAUGGUAAAUUCUUUAACAUUCGCGUGGCCGGAUGGGAGAAGGCCGAGGGACUCAACCAGUAUGAUGGGGCUGAGCCUUCAUGGUAA